AUAGUAACAAUGACUUGGCGCUGCAUCGACUGCACCGUCUGCGAGGGCUGCGGCAACCGCGGCGACGACGGCCUACUCGUGCUGUGCGACGACUGCGAUACUGCGUGGCACACUUACUGCGCCCGGCCGCAGCUGGCCGAGGUCCCGAGAGGGGCCUGGCGGUGCGAGCGGUGCAGGAGGUGUCUCACUUGCGGGACCAGAGAGACCACGUCUUGGUGCGAGAACUACACAGAAUGCGGGCCGUGCGCGUCGCUAGUGAUGUGCUGCGUAUGUUCGGAGCCAUAUUCGGACGGAGAACUAAUUAUCCAGUGCGAAAAGUGUAUGCGAUGGCUGCACGCUUGCUGUGACUCGAUAAGGAGUGAGACGGAUGCCGAAACUUGUUGCAGAGCUGGCUACGUGUGCGUGGUGUGCCGCGGGCGCGACACGGCCCCGCCCCACCUGGCGGCGGCGCUCGAGGCCCCGCCCCCGCCGCGCGCGCCGCCGCCCACCGCGGCCGCGCUCGGGCUCGGCGGCGAGUACUACGUGGACGACGUGUGCCUCAGCCAGCGCGGCGCGCACCACAUGAAGCAGCUCGAGGCCGAGAUGGGCAUCACGCACACCAGGCGGAAGAGGCGCUUCAAGAACGAGACCACCGAGAAGGACCAAGUGGUUCAGAACGCGGACGUCGAGAUGCCAGACGACUCCAAGCCAGACAGCACGGCCGAAGUUAAGGAGGAACCUGGUAUAUCAAACGCCAACCUUAAAGAGGGCAUACUCUGGAACGUAGUUAACGAAGGCCCCCCGCCCGAAGGCUUCACCGUGUACACGACGGAGUCCGGGCUGACCGUGCUGCGGAGAAAGAGACAGAGAAACCUGAACAAGCUGGGGAUUGGCGGGUUCGUGGUGCGACAGAGACAGAACACCAAGGCGCAGGCCGAUGAUGAGAAGGAUGGUGAUGGGACGCAGGCGUCGGGAGAAUCGCCGGGCAACAAGCGUAAGCCGCGUCGCAAGCCGCGCUCCAAGCUGAUGGAACAGUUCCCGUCUUACAUGCAGGAGGCGUUUUUCGGGAAGGAACUGUUGGAACCUGCCAAGCCGGCUGUCAGUUCUACUGGCAACCCGUCGUCCAGCCCCGGCGGCCUAGCGCGUCCCGGGACGCCCGAGGGCUACCGCGAGCUGCGCGACUUCCGAUUGGAGCCCGAUAAUUCCGAUAGUGACGACGAGGAGGUGCUCGCAGCGCUCACCACCUUCAACGAGAACGACAGCUCCUACAUUAUCACUCUCAAUACCGAGGAAGUAGAGUUCCUAAACACCCUAAAGCCCAAAGUGGAGAAAGACGACCCUGACCACUCAAAAAUCAAGACUGAAGUCACCGAAGACGGCGUGAAGCAUACAGAGGACUCCACGGCUCUGAAGAACGCGAUCCUCGGCCCGCAGCCCGCCGAGAGUGAGCCAUCUGUGCCUUCCGAGAUACCCACUGUCCACAGUACUAAGACUGAAACUAUCAGCAGCGAAACGGGCGGAUCGUCCCAAGCGUCGACUAUAUCGCCAAAAGACGACCUGUCGCUAUUGGGCGUCAAUCUGGACGCCAUGGUGAGAGACACUCUCCCCGAUAUGGACAGCAACGAUGUCGAUGAGAUAUUCAAGGGCGUGCUGACUGAUGAUUCACAGGAAUCUCAAGAAUCAUCCGUAUCAUACGUGAACUCCAUGUCCGGCACGCCGUACUCGCAGCAGCGGCAGCAGCUGCAAAGUCCGAUGGAAUACGCGUCGCCUUACCACACCGACUUCGGCGGGAGCAGCAGUAACAGUGCUCUGAGCCCGCUGUUCUCGGAUUGCGGCGGCGGCGCGUGGGGCGGCGACCAGCCCGCCGCGCCGCAGCCCUCCUACAACCAGCGCUCCGCCGAGAAGAUGCGCGCCGACGAGAGCCUAGGCCCGGCCGCGACCAUAUCUGCAGUCCUAUACGCGAACACCAACCACCCCGAAUGGAAGACCGAGUUCCCCAACUGGACCGACCGCUGCAAGCAAAUACUGAAGAAGUGGCGCGCGCUCCCCGUAGAGCAAAAAGCACCUUAUUUACAGCGAGCCAGGGACAACAGGAGCGCUAUUCGCAUGAAGAAAGCACAGCAGAGCGGAGGCAGCUUGGAGCCGGAGGCGCCGACGACGCCGACGCCGCCAGCGGAGCGCCCCGGGCCGGAGCAGGAGCGCGCGUGCGGGCAGCAGCGCAGCGCGCGGGAGGCCGAGCAGGAGAGGCAGUGGAAGCAACUGCAGCAGUUGCGGCAGCAGCAGACCCAGCAGCAACAGCAGAUCAUUCAUGAUCAGCGGAUACAAGCAGCGAUGCAGCGGCUCCGAACGCCGGACCCCGAGCCGCCUUCACCAGCGCCCGAAGCCCCUCGCAGCGCCUUUCCGACCCAACGGUUCCAAUACGCCAACGAUGAAAACAUCAACCGGCAGCUGCGCGACCUGCUGCAACGGCACCCUGAGAAGAUGUGGCCUGGACAAGGGAGCACGGAAGAAGGCGGCGGCCCCACAGGGCUGGAGGGGCAGCCGUUCCGCCAUCCGUUGCCUGUAGGGCUCCGACCUCGAGCUCCGCUCGCGCCCGGGCAGCGCCCUGAACAUCCUCUUCUUAUGCACCAACGGCUGGUAGCACCCGAUGGCACGCCUAUACAGCAAAACGUCGGGAACCAGGGGCAGCAAGUUGUCGAACAGAAACCACAUGUCAUGCCACAGCCCAACGCUCAAGGCGGAGAGAGCAAACAGGAGCCCGGAGAGCACGGGCACGACGAAAUGGACAUGGGCGAUAUGGACAAACUGGAACAGGACGCUGGAAACAUUGGCGAGGUUGGCGACAUCCUCACCGGCCUAGGCGGGGAAGACGACGAGGAACUCCUUGAGUCCCUGACAGCCGAAAUCGGGGAGCAGUUCAACAUCCUAGAGUACGCCGACCCGGAGCUGGCGGCGCUCAACGACGCGGAGCACAUCCUCGACGGGCUGGAGCUGGAGGAGGUGCCCGAGCGGCAUGCCAAGAGGGAGCAUCCCAUCGAGGAAUCUGAACAGAAGCCGGACACCAAGAUGGACAGCGAGCUGCAGAAAGCGGUGAAAAACAUCGAGGCCUCGCAAUGCAAACCGGAAGACGACAAGCCGCGGUUGCCGCACCAGCAAAUGCUACAGUCGGCGAUGCAGGCGAUCAAGUCUGAGGUGAAGCUGGAAGGUUCUGAGGUGAAGACGGAGCCCGAGUGGCGCGCGAGCGGCGCCGCGCCGCGCCAGCUGUUCCCGCAGACCUUCCCCGCCGCCCGCCUGCAGCAACAAGGCAUGGUGCAGCACGGGCAGUUCACCGGAGCACCACAGAUGGGGCAACAGCUGGCGCGCCCGCUGCAGUUCCAGCACCACAUGCAGUUCGCACAGGGCGGCGCCAGCAGCGUCAACUCGGCGAGCAUCGUCAAUGCCAUGCAGGCGCAGGUGAAGGCGGCAAUGCAGGCCGGACGCAACAUCGCGCCGGGCACGCGGCUCGUGGGCGCGGACGGUGCCGUGGGCGUCGUGCGGCACGACCGCACCGUGCAGCUUCACACACUGCCGCACUCAGCGACAGUGGGUGCUGGCGUUUCUCGGCCGCCGCCGCCACCGCCGUACCCCGGCACGCUGCGUCAGCCUCAACCACCACCGCCACCGUACCCACAGUCGCUCAACAGCAAGCAGCGGCAGUUGCGCAAGUCUGGCAACGAGCUGAUGCCGAACGACGCGGCGGAGCUGCGCCGGGUGUCGGCCGAGCAGGCCGCGCUGCAGAAGCACCUCGAGGCGGCCAGGAAGCAGUCCCGCCAGCACAGCAUGCUCAUACAAGAAUACGAGACGAAACAACGCCAGCAGAAUCCUCAGUUAGCACAACAAUCUGUUAUAAGCCAACAACAGAUCACGACCAACCAGACCGUCUACACUCAGAACCAGAGCAUUCCUCAAUCGCCGCAAAUGCAACAAACCGCCAUCAACCGGCCGAUGCAAAUAGGCCUGCAGGGAACUGUUCAGCAGCAACAGAUUAUAAGGAACCAGCAAACUGUCCUAAGCUCAGACGGACAGCAGAGGAUAGGUCUAGUGACGUCGCCGCUCAACGCCCAAGGCCGCAUCCUCCAAAGCGGACGAACGCUAGUGAUAGAACAAACGGGAUCGCCUCAACAGCAACUAGUCAGGCAGCUUUCCGGGGUUCAAGAGAGACCACAAUCCGUCGGAAUGGUGCAAUUCGGGCAGCAGCAACUUGGAGUACGGAACACAAUGCCCGCGGGCGCUCAGACUCCACGACCGGCCGGCACGAGACCCGCCAUGUCGCCGCUACACGUGCAAUCCCCACAUUCACAAUCUCCUCUACAUUCCCUAGCGCCACAGUCGCCUUUACACCAUCUGACUUCUCCUAUGCAAUCGCCGCUGCAUUCCCAACAAUCUCCUUUACACCACACGUCGCAAUCACCUUUACAUCCCUCGACGCAAUCACCUCUCCACACCCAGCAGUCUCCGCUCCACUCCCAACAGUCUCCUAUGCAUGUGCAGCAGUCUAACGUGCCGCAGCAAUCCCCGAUGCAUCAAAGUCCUAUGCACCAGAGCCCUAUGCAUCCGCAACAGAGCCCAAUGCAUCAACAAGGCUCGAUACAUCAGCAGAGUCCAAUGCACCAGCAAAGCCCAAUGCAUCAGUCUCCAUUACACCAACAGAGUCAAAUGUCUCAGCAAUCGCCGAUGCAUCCUCAGCAGUCGCCGAUGCAUUCGCAACAGUCGCCUAUGCACCUGCAGCAGUCGCCGAUGCACACGCAGCAGAGCCCGAUGCAGUCGUCGAUGUCGCCGCAACAUUUCUUGCAACAGUUGCAAGCUCAGAGGACGAGUCCACAGUUGCCGACGCCUAGUAGGAGUCCACAAAUAUAUCAACAAUCACAAAUACAAAGCCCGGUUUCGUCGCAUUCACCUCAGAUGCAGGCGGAUUAUACGACGAGUCGCUUCUCACGGCCAGCGCCCGGUUGUUCCCCAUUGCCCAACCGCUUCGCCAGGCCUCCGCAUCACCAGCAAGGAAUGAGAGUGGGAGUGCCGUUCGGCAGUCGGCAGCAAACGUCGCCGCUCGGCAGCCCACAGCCUCUGCCUUCACCCGGCAACCCUGCUAAUGAGAUAGCGCGGCAACAAAUGCUGCAGCGGCAGCAGUACAGCCCGAUGGGCGGCGCGCCUCCCUCGCCGUCCCUGUCUCGCUCGCCGCACGUGCGCACGCCCACCCCCUCCGCGUCGCCCGCCGCCUCGCCCGCGCCGCACGCCGACCACGGCGGCGGACACCACCACCACAUGGCGCCCAUCCCGCCCGGAUACAGAUACUUCAAGGUUGGCCUGUUCGGCGGCGCCCCCGUGUGGCCCAACAAGGACGACGACCGCCGCAGGCCACCCCACAUCAACAAAGUAUCCAUAUUGAAGCGGCGAACACCGCCGCGCCCGAGGUUCGCCGGCAAGAGCGCCCCCGGCACCUCCGACGAGCGACCCUCCGAGGAAUCCGCCAGUCAGAGCCCCAGCGAAACGAGAGAGUUCGUACUCUACUCGUCUGAUGGCGUAGAAUACUCGGCCAUGUCCGACGACGCCGCGAGAAUGGGCUUCGCGAAAGACGACGAUGACGAUAUAGAGGAAAUAGUCGAGGAACACCUAGACGAUGCGGAUAUAGUGGUAGUGGAGCCGGGGGCGAUGUCGCCCGAGGAGCGGAUCGCGACCGAGGAGGACUUCGAGGAGCUCAUCGACAGCGGGAAACCCGAGGACGAAAUGGAGGAGGAAACUAUGCCUGAGAAAACUACCACCAGAACCGAGACUACAACUAAAACGGUAGCUGUCAUAAGCUUGUCCACGGCUAAUAAAGCUUCCCCUAACGUACAGCAGUACAAGCUGGUGAAUCCGUCACAAGGCAAUGCUCUGUCGAGGCUGCCGGUCUUAAGCGCCACCGUGCUCUCUCCGCAUGCCAACAAUAAGAUUCUAAACGAAGUCUCACAAGCUACUGUCGCUUCUGUUUCUAUCGCAAACCAGACCAUUUCAGUGCCCGUGUUAAAGAGCCUCUCCGUUCCUAUCGGCGGUCAUGGUACCGGUGCGAAACCUCAGCUCAAAAAAGUGCCUCUUAAUUUAAAUAAUCCACCCUUAACUAUCAACAUGUCCACGCACCCGCAAUCGAAGCCGAUCAGCUCGGUCAUCAGCGUUAUAUCUUCAAAUAUACCUAAAACGGCAACCCUGAACCCAGUGAUUACGCUCGCCACGUCCAAUACCGCGGCCGGCGCUUCCAGAGUACCGGUGUCGAUACUAACGCAACAUCAAGUCAAACAAAAGAUCGUCAAAACCAUUGAAAAGCCAAUGGCUUUGUCUCUAUCUAAUACUAAGCUCUCUAGUCUCUCAGUGACGCAUGACGCGACAUUGCCGGCAAAGAUAUUCCAAGAUGAUGUGGCAUCCCCUGACAGCACGGUCGCCUCUGACACACACGCAGACAAAGAAAUACACCAAAUAACUACCAACGCGCAACAUUUGGGUGCCAUGACCUCUCAAGGAUUAGCCCAUUUAGACCAUAAACCACCUCCAAUAAUCAAAGAAACAAGCAAAGAUAUCGACAUUGAGACUGAAAUCAGUCAGCAGACUGAACUGCCACAUUCGUUAUGUAUAACUGAUAGAACGCCAUUGCUGCUCGGAAAGGCGGACAUAAAAAGCCCCGAUCCUAUACCAGAAAAGAUUCCCGACAACAUCAUGGAAGGGGACGACGAAGAUAAACCUGAAGACAGUCUACAAAGUAACCUGUUACUCUCUUAUAACAAAUCGAUCUCUGAUCAGUCACAAAAUACGUCAGCAGCUGACAAACAAGCGCAAGAAAACGUGGUAAAGACCAUUAAAGCUAUCGCGAACCAAACUAAAGAGAUGGUCAUCGAUUCCAACAUGCAAAUCACAUCCGAUAUGGCUCAAGAAUCCGUACAGAUUUCCAUACCAUCCCCUACCCCGUCACAGGAGAGGUAUUUGAAUGACAUCACUAUGCAAGAACACGCGGAAACUGUGGAAGGUAAUCAGAAACGCGUGGAGACGUUCGAAGACAUGCUGUGCAUGCUAGAGAAUAUAACAGAUGACGCUAAACCGUUUGGUAUGAAGCAACCUAACCCUAAAACGAAUCCACAAACUCAUGCUCCACAAAAUCCCAACAUAAAUCCUGCCCUAAAACCGGAAAAUAAGGAGCCAAUGGAGCAACACGGUUUCCCUAAACGAGAUACGGACAGAUUGAGCUUACAGUCCGCUACAGUGCCUCAGCUCUCUCCACUCUCUCAACCAUCAGAGUUACAAUCUAACAUGGCGAACGUAUCCCAACAACUGCGGACCAUCAUGUCUUCCCUAAAUACAGCCACGUCGAAAGUGGAUGUCCAAACUGUAUCAUCGCUAAUGAGAAAAAAUAGUGACGCCACAGCACCCACGCAAGUCAAUUUCGAGAACCUUCUGCCGUCAUCCAAAGUCGAAGUUGCCGCUUCGCGGCCGUCACCGGUGCAGAGGAUGGAGAAACCGAUAACGUCUAUCCCUAAUUCAGACAGUUUGCCGAUGAGCGCGGCACAAAUGCUCGGAUCCCGAGUCAACACGCUAUCAUCAAUGGGUCAGAAUAGAAAAUCUCCUACAGUGUCUCCCAUAAACUCUCCUGUAGGCAUGCAAAAUACGUUAAUGAAAUCCCCCGCUCAAUCACCCCUGAUCACUAACCAGGGCUUCUCUUCCAACGAAGACAUGAACGCUACGUCUGUAGCUUCCCAAAUUAUUCAAAUGCCAGCGCUCUCUAAAAUACACAGCUCGUCCGCGCCGCAGUCCAUAAUGCAUUCCAACAAUACUAUUACGACUACUGUCAGCGGAUUCCAAAAAGGACCACCAUUACCCACGAGCAUAUUAGGGCAUACAUUGCUUCAGCCCACAAGACAAAUUAAUACAAGCAAUCUCCCUUUUAACCCUCAAAGCAUUAGCUCUAGUCAACCCCCAGCGUUGGUAAUGACUUCGCGACCUGUGAUGGGCAAAGAACCACCGCCAAACGUGACCGUCCGCGCGCACACAUUAGUUAGCCCAGGAAUGAGCCAAAUGAACCAAAUGCAGGCGAAACCUGCCCAGGGACCAAUUAAUUUCAUCACGUCUUCCAAACUACUGCAUACGCAACUAACUUCGCCGUUAAAAAGAUCAAAAUCCACUGAUGAACCCAAGACAGAAGUUAUUGUAGGUCACAUACAGCCCACUAAGAGGCACAGCGUGGAAUCGGUCAUUGUGAAAUCGGAACCAAUGGAGACCGACGAGCCGACGGCGACUUCCACGAUCGUUACAGACAACGCUGGCAACAAAAUCAUACAGAGUUCACCCAAUCAGAGGAAUGAUGAGUCUCAAAAUGUGUUGUUAAAACAACUGCUGCAGACAACUACCUCGGCCGCAACUGUUGUCCCGCAGCGGACGAUUACUAUGCAAAGAACCGCACCGGCUUUAGGGACAAUACCCUCGCUAGAAGCCCAGCUAGCUAGACCUUCAAUUCCACCACCUACCCUAUCCUUGUCACAAGAAGUGGAAAUACCUAAAAACUCGCCGCGACAAAUAAUGACGCAUACGCAUAAUACACAAGUCAGUUCUCCGUACACUAGUCGACCGGGCAUGCAACCUAUCCAGACGAUGCAAGGCAUGCCCAUGCAGACUUCUAUUCCGACGUCUUCCAUGUCACCUUUGAUGCACUCCUCCACGCAGUCGCUCAUGGACGUACGAAAACCGAGUAUGAAAAUUAUGACUAAAGAAGAGACCACUCCGCUGCCGGAGAGUUCACCGACAAUCAAAACGAUGCCAAUGUACCCCAUGGGCAUGGACGCUCAACAACUCCAUCAAGCGAUAAAGAAGGAAGUGACGCCGCCGCAACAAAGCCCUGUCAUGAGACCUUUCACUCCCAUGGAUGUUAAGAAAGAGCUGCUCGAUGAGAGUUCCCAGCAAUCCGCCACUUCUGGAAUCUCCACUGCUUCAGACCAAGGGAAACUCGACCAGCCCAUGAAGGAAGAGUUUCCUGAAAGCGUCAACAUGGAUCCUUCCGCCGAAGCUAAUGCUCCAGAAACGCCUUCCGAAGCCAAAAAACGUAAGAGGCGAGAAUAUCAGCAGAAGAAGAGGAAACAACUACAACUGAACAUGAAAAUGGCCGCGGAGAACAACGUGAGUGCGGCGAACGCCAAGAAGAGACCGCGAAAGGGUUCACGCUACGAGGAAGACUAUGACACGUUUAUUGACAAUCUGAUGGCUCAACUCCGACUUCUGCAGCCAAUGCAAAUUCAAGAACCGUCCCUAACUACUAACUUUGCAGUCUGCCCACUUUUCGGGUCCGGAGACUUGACAAAGUUAAAGAACAAGGACUACGAUAUUAUGAAGGGUGAUCUGGUUGGUGAAUUCGGCAACGCAAAGAUUCCGAAUGUCGCCGAUUACUACAACACGAAGCCUUUCGGAGAUGACGAGCCUCUCCCGGAGAAACCGCAAGCGUCUACUCAAAGAGGGUUCUACGAUCAAGAAUUCCAACCGAUCGUGUUUGAUGAAGAUCCUGAAGACAAGAAACUGGACUUCAUUUGUAAGGAGCGAGACACGGAUACUCCAGAUAGCAUAGUAAGCUGUUCGAGUCCCGAGUGCCUUGAUAUUGAACCAGCGAACCGCUUCCCUGGUCUAAAAUUCAUUGAUGACGACGAGGAAGAUGAGGACAGUGAUUCCGCAAUGUCCGGUAAAGUGUCCCCGAUCAUACCUCUCAUCGCGCCUGUUCCCAUCAGAGUCAAACCUGUCUCACUGUUCCACUUGAAGGACGAAGAUGGCUCGACGGCGCUGAAGUGCCUCGACUCAGGCUCACCCAUGAAGACUGUCGACUCACCUGGCAGCACAGAGAGCAACGAAAACGUAACAGUAACACUAACAUUAACAUCCGGUGCCGCUGAAGACAUACUAGGCGUAUUGAAAGAACUUGCGGGAAUUUUACACAUACCACCGCCAACUUCCUACCAAAUCGUAGAAAGAACAGCUACGCCACCGUCCCACAAGUUGGGGCUGUACAGGUCAAAAGGUAAAGAUGGGAAGGAGGGGACGCCUAUUGACAUUCAAAGCAUACUCAACGGAGCGGCUAAGUUCUGCCGUCACUGUGAUGUAGUCAUCUUAGAUUCGGUCGUCAGAGCAAAAGCGUCCGAAUUCCCUUUGCUAUCAGCGAACAAAGGCAACGCCGAAGACAUCCUGUGCGAUAGCGAUUCAGAAUUAUACUUCUGUAGCACGCAAUGCUACGAACGAUUCGCUUGGCGGCCCACAAACAUCAUUCUAGACGGGAAGUCGAAAGCACCCGUAAAAGAGGACGUCAAGUCUGACAACGAGACAAACCUAUCUAAAGACCGUGAUGACUUCGACACGGCGUCCACAGAGAGCAUGGAAACGGACGAUUUAGACAUCAAACCGGACAUCAAGGACGAAAAAAUGGACCUGUCCUUCAUAGACUCACUGGACAAUGACGAGUUAAUGAAAGAAGUCGGCGAGGACGUCGGAUUAGGCGGCUUAGACGAAGACCUCAAGAACGAAUCAGACGAAAAGAGCAACCAGAGCGUAGAGAAGGAAAAAUACAGAGGCAUUCGCUACAAAGCGUGGUCGCCGGGCUGCAUCGGGCCGCCCGUCAAGUACAAGAGGCCCACGGACCGGGAGCUCACCGAACUAGUGUUCAGAACUGGGGUUGCUAUAAUGCCGGUGACUACGGAAGAUUCUAGACGUUGCGAGCUAUGCGGGAUUCAAGGGGACGGAGUGGCGGAUGGUGUUUCAAGGCUACUGAAUUGUGACGUGGAUCGAUGGGUGCACCUGAACUGUGCGCUGUGGUCUGAGGGAGUGUACGAGACGGUGAGCGGCGCGCUGAUGAAUGUGGAGACAGCGUUGGCGGCCGGCUCUAAUGCCACGUGCGCCGUGUGCCGCCGCCUCGGCGCCACCGUGCGCUGCUUCAAGGUGCGGUGCGGCAGUGUGUACCACCUCGGCUGCGCCGUCAAAGACAACUGUGUCUUCUACAAGAACAAGACUGCUUUCUGCGCUUCACACGCACCCAAGAGCGAAAAAGAUAACGAACUGACAACCCUAAGCGUGCAACGUCGCGUGUACGUGUCGCGCGACGAGCAGCGCCAGGUGGCGUCGGUCAUGCUGCACUCGGACACCAACCACCUCAUCCGAGUGGGCGGCCUCAUCUUCCUCAGCCCCGGGCACCUGCUCCCGCACCAGCUGGCCGCCUUCCACACGCCCAACUACAUCUACCCUAUCGGAUAUAAGAUCGUGAGAUUCUACUGGUCGAUGACGCGCGCCAACGCGCGCUGCCGCUACGUGUGCUGGAUCUCGGAGGAGGCGGGGCGGCCGCGCUUCCACGUGCGCCUGCAGGCCGAGCUCGAGCAGGACAUGAGCGCGCCCACGCCGCGCGCCGCCUGGGCCAAGGUGUUAGACGCGGUGGCGGCGUUGCGCGAAGCCCGCGGGGAGUCCGGCGUGCUGAAGCUGUGGCCCAACUACGUGACGGGCGAGGACCUGUUCGGGCUGACGGAGCCUGCCGUCGUGCGGGUGCUCGAGAGCCUCCCCGGCGUAGAAACCCUGACGGACUACCGGUUCAAGUUCGGUCGGUCGGCGCUGCUCGAGGGCGGGCUGGCGGUGAACCCGUCCGGCUGCGCGCGCGCCGAGCCGCGCGGGCGCGCCUCGUGGCGCCGCGUGCCCGCCGCGCGCGCCGCCGCGCCGCCCGGGCCCGGGCCCGCGCUCGCCGCCGACCACCCCGCCUGCCCCUACAGCAAGCAGUUCGUGCACACCAAGAGCAGCCAGUACAAGAAGAUGAAGUCCGAGUGGCGGAACAACGUCUACCUCGCCAGGUCGAAGAUCCAGGGGCUGGGUCUGUACGCGGCUCGAGACAUCGAGAAGCACACGAUGGUGAUCGAAUACAUCGGCGAGAUCAUCCGCUCCGAGCUCUCCGAGAUCCGCGAGAAACAAUAUGAGGCGAAGAACCGGGGCAUCUACAUGUUCCGGCUGGACGAGCGGCGCGUGGUGGACGCCACGCUGUCGGGCGGGCUGGCGCGCUACAUCAACCACUCGUGCCAGCCCAACUGCGUGGCCGAGGCCGUCGAGGUGGACCGCCAUCUGCGCAUCAUCAUCUUCGCCAAGCGACGCAUCGCGCGGGGGGAGGAGUUGGCGUACGACUACAAGUUCGACAUCGAGGACGACGCACACAAGAUCAUGUGCAUGUGCGGCGCGCCCAACUGCCGCAAGUGGAUGAACUGAACGCCACCAACAGUACCGAACACCGGACACGACUCGCAGUAGAUAGCUAGUGAGCGAACCUCUAUUCUUAUAGUAAUGGUUUCGUUUUAGAGGAAAAAGGCUAUGAAACCUAGUUUUUACCAAAGUGAUUUUAGUACCCCUAGUGUUAAGUGUAAAAAGUCUUAGGUAACCGAUUUCACUUUCUCGAGCUGGCAAGUGUGAUUUAGCCGUAAGAAUAAUGAUUUACAGAUAAUCUAUAGUUUAUUAUAAUUUUAUAUGUGGACGUCGCGACGUUUGAACACUUUUUGUACAUAAUAUUAAAUCGGUAUAUGAAACGUUGUUAUUGAAUUUUGAUGUUUUAGAUGUGACAUUUCAUAGCGUACUGAUUGGAGUAUUUUUAAUUUAAUAUUUUGAUGUGUUCUAUGAACGUUCGGUAUGGCCGCUGUUUUCUAUUGACAUUUUAUUGGUUUUAAUUUAAAUAUAUUUUUUCAUGGAUGACUUUCUAAAUUGUUGUUGAAUCUUAUACAAAUAAAAUAAUGAAUCGAUAUGGAAUAGUAGAAUAGUUUUGAUAAUCUCACAGCAAUGAAGUACUUUAGGUAACCAAAUAGAAGAAUAUGCAUUUAGUACACUAGGCACGAGUAUAUUUUAUGAAGUAUCAUUACAUAUGCCUUGUGGUGCCUGUUUUGUACGUCGUAGUACGUUAACGUUACGGUAGGUUACACGACACCACAGCACGCCUUGGUCCGCCCGACCCACCCUACAUAUACUAACUAGUGUAUACGUAUUUAUGUAGCGUAGCGCUCGCGCGACUAUUCUGUCACUCUUACUCUAGUGAAGCUAGUGAACUAUUACGAUACCGGUCAACGUAGUCACUUAAAAAUACACUCAAUUUUAUUUUAUUUUGAUCGUCUUAUAACAAUGUUAGAACUAUGAAAUAAAACUAUUUAUUAUAAGUGUCAGAUCAUAUUUUUUUCAGACGUCAGACUGCACUUUGAUAAGACAUACUUAGGUAAUGAAUUUUCCGCGAGCUGUAGGUAGUGUAAUUUAUAUGAAUAGGUUAUUUUUCCAAAUGUGAUAUUACCUCACACGGCGUCACAUGUUCAUUUUGUAGUGGCGACUUAGAUCUAGUGUUAGCUAAGUAUCGCGUAGGAACUGUAAAGUUGUCCAAGCUGGACUGCGACGCGACGCGUUACGGAUAAGCGUAUCAAAGCCGGCUGUGACUGUCACUUGUCCUAUGUUAGAUCAGUUUGCGUAUGUAUAAAGGUCGCAACGCGUUGCGUCGUUCACCUGGACGACGGUAAUUCUCCUCGGUAAACAAAGUGAUAUGAUAUAUAUAGGCAGUAGAGCGACGCCCGGCCCGGGCUGAAUUCUCUGUCAAUAAUAUCUUAGUUCGAGUUUAUAGAAAUUUAUUUGAACACGAAGUUGCCAUCUACCAAUGUUAUGAAAUCAUGCAAUCUAAUUUUAAGUGUUAAAUGUGCAAUACCGUAUCUUGACUACAGAUUGUAAAUAAUCCGCUGGUAGUAUCUUUAUUACUUAUAUUGUAAUCGCGAAAUAGUUUUUUAAAAGUUGUACUACAAUAAUUCUUUCAAUUAUUAUGUUCUCAUUGCUUUUAUAUUGACUUAUUUAUUUAAAGCAUUCCCAUAAUAUUGCACUGAUUUAAAAGUCAAUCCAAUCUAAUGUUUCAGAGUUAUGUAUGACAAUGUUUGUAAAUUGAAUACUGUAGAAAUAUUUCUAUACAAUAAUAUUUUUAUUGCAUUAUUUUCCUAUCAUUAAACCUUAAUUAGUAAA